GCGGAAAAAGAAGAGGAAAUUUUGUUCCCAAUCUAUUCCGAAAGGUCACAACAAGAUAUGUCGGCUAUGGUCUCAGCCCUUACGCAAGUCAUUGGAGGCACUAACAAUGACCAACUUCAGCCACAUAAUGAUCAACAACCUUUAACUUCGUCACAGUCCAGCUCAACCCACAACGAACAAUCCCAACAACCACGGCAAGAUCAAGGGAGCGUAAGAAGAAGACACUAUAGAGGAGUGAGGCAGCGGCCAUGGGGAAAGUGGGCUGCGGAGAUUAGGGAUCCGAAGAAGGCACAAAGGGUAUGGCUCGGAACUUUUGAAACUGCUGAAGCUGCUGCUCUUGCUUAUGAUGAAGCAGCUCUCAGAUUCAAAGGAAGCAAAGCAAAGCUGAAUUUUCCUGAAAGGGUUCAAGGUACAAGCGAGUUUGGUUACCUCACAAAUCAUCAUCAAGAGUUUAAUGCAGUGUCAAGCAGUAGUAAUAUUAAUGAGCAAGCAUCUAACCCAGUUGUUGCUCUUGCUUCCCGUCCACACUUUGCUCAAGAAACAUAUUCAAGUCCCUUUCAUUACGCACAAAUUUUGGGUAGUAGUGGAAGUAAUAGCAACUUCAAUCAAGAUAUGCUUCGUUUCUAUGGUAGAGACAUGUUUGUUUCUUCUCAGCCCUUAACGGCUGCAUCUUCAUCUUCUGGAUUAUCUCAGCAACAACAAGAGCUUCUGAGACUCCGGAAUAUGCAAUUUGGAGGUUCUUCUUCUACUUCUGAUCAGCCUCCUAGUAAUUGGAGGGAUGACAUGGAUGGUAAACAUUAAUUGAAGAGGAUACUAUAUA